CCCCUGAAGAAGAUAUCACAGAUCUUCUAAAAUAUAAAGUGACCUCUUCCACACCAGGGGCAUCACUUUCCAAUGUACCCUACUACAGAGAGAUUCCUUUCACAAUAGUCAAACCGAAGUUUAUUAUUCAUAGCACUUGAAUUUAGCGCAUUAAGUGCAGAGCUAAAAUGCAUUUUAUUUGGGGGGAGUUGUGUAUUCACUGGGGACUGGGCUGAGAUCACAACCUGUUGAAAGGUUAAUCACAACUGACUGGAUUUCAAAUCCAGAAUCUCAGCAGUGCCAGCUCAAGUGUUCUAACCUCUUGAGCCACCUGGCUUUGUUAAUUUAGCAAAGAGAAAAAAUAAUAGUUUUUAAAAAUGUCCAUGUUGAAUAUUCCGGGUUCAAGAAUUUAACGAUUUUAAAGUUUCCACAUGAAAAAAACAUGUAUAUGCGUUGUGUGGACUGCACAUGCCAAUAAAAUACCACGGUGGUAAGGCCGUUGUGUAAAAUACUUUGUAAGUCAAGUGGCUCCUCAAUGGAUUUAUUCGUCCAGUAUUUUCCAGUUGGAGGAAAUUAGACUAAUUAAUUGGAGAUGCUCACAUUGAUAAUACAAAAGAUGCACGUGCCCCUGAUUUAGAACCCGAUUUGAUAGACUGCAGCUGCGCUCGGUGGAAUAGCAUCGAGAGAGCCUUGUGUGAGCUCAGUGCUUGUGAAUAAUGGGAGGGGGGACCUUGGGACUUUAUUGAAAAGGCCCUCGUUGCUGGGAAAGUCAAUCUCGGCUGUAACCACAACACUGCAGCCUUUCUCUUGAAGGCUGCCAGAGGGAGGAGGCCGUGCAGAAUAGAAGGGUGUAGAUUGAGAUUUUGUAUCUCACUAAAAACUAGUAAAUAUUGUCGUACCCUUAAAGUGUUUCUUUAACAGUUUGCCAUCAAAAUAUUUUAACGUCAACAAUUGUGGUGGCGCUACUGCUGUUGAACAAACAUAACUAUCUGGCGGCGAGGAGAUGUCUCUGUCCACGAGGAUUCGCGGAUACACGGCCUGGGCCAACCUGCACAUGGAGGCAUCCGGUUGCAAUGUCUCCAACGUGCUCGCUGAGCUCUUCACUGGGACCAACCUACGAGCUCUGCUCCUGAGCCUGGCUGGUCAUGCGCCGCAGAGGUUGCAGGGCCUGGAUGGGCUUACAGAGCAGCAGAAGGAGACGCGGGCCCGUUGGUUUGUGGAGGAACUCAAGCGGGCCGGGGUGGUGGCAGCCGACACUUCGCUAGACGCUCGCAUGUUUGCCCUGGGCAGCAACGAACAUGUGUUUGACUUGUUUUGGGACCUCGUGGCACGUGACAUCUGGUUCACGUGGGAGAGGUCCUGCCACCUGCAGCUCGAUGACGAUGAGGCACUCUGCUCCAUCCCCUUCAAGUGGACACCCAGAGUCCCUGCUACGAACAGAAGUUUCGGGUCGCAGAGCUCCGGAGACAGUAAUUCUCUCCUGCGAGGCACCUCUGGGUUUGAAAGCCUGCCGGGACAUAGCCUGGGCUCUUGCCUAAAAACCUCCUUCAGCGUCCCUGCAGAGUCUGAGCCAUUUCCAGGUCAUGAGGAGGCUAAAAGGUACAACAAGAAGAUUCCCAAGGGAGGCCGUGAACACUACCCAUCACCAGAGAAAUGCAUCCUCAGCAUGAUCAAUGCUCACCUCAAGGUGGAGGCAGAGGGUAGGCAGGGGCUCUUGGUCUCUUGUAUGGAGGACUUGCUGAGCUCUGCAGUGCUCUGUGGCCUGGUCAACAUCUUCAUCCCUGAGACGUUCCCCACUGAGCUCCUUCCCAAUGACCGAUGGACGAUGAACUUGGCUCUGAGGACAAUGGAGGAGAUGCUUCACAUCUCCACUUCUUUUGCACCCGAAGACCUGGUCGAGGCUGACCCUGAGGCCGUGUGCUCUUACUUCUGCUUCCUCUUCAUGGGCGGAUACAGGCUGAGGCAGAACUUGGCCGUGGCCCGCCGCAAGCGCUCGCUUGUGCACAAGCUCAGCUACUGCGAGCAUCGGCUCGAGUCACUUCCCGUGCACGCCGAGGAGCCGGGUGGCCUGCAGAGCAGACUCGAGCUCCUCGCCGAGUCCGGCAAACAUCAACAAGAGCUGGACUGGCUGGAGAGCAGCUACCCGACGGGAUUUUGCGAGGAGUUGGCGAAGCAUGUGAAAACCGUUCAGCGGGACACGAGGAGGAUUAUUGCCCGCAAAGCAGACAUGAGAUUUGAGGUCAUCACCGUGCCCCGGGCGAUGACGGUGGCUGACCUCUCCGUGACCCUAGCCGUGGACCUAUCAUCCAGCUUCGGCUUCUACUGUUGCACCGCCACGGAGAGCUGCCCCCCGGACCGUCGCAUAGUCCUCCGCCAAAGGGACACUGGACGAUUCUUUGACAGUGUCCCCAAAAACAAGAAACGAGUGUUGAUUAGGAAAAUGCUGAAGCUGCCUCUUUUUGGAGCAGUGGACCUGAACCCUGCACACCACCCACGGUACGAUAUUUACUUUGAAAACACUUCGAAGAGCAAGCGUCUCGGUGCCAACGCAAAGUUCCUGUACGAGGUGUUUGCGAGCGACGUGGACGCGUGGCGGAGAGCACUGCUGCGCGCAGUGCAGGAGCCCGCGCCGCGUGCCGCCCGCGGCGCCGCCGCGUUCCUUCGAGUCGCCCGUCCGACGCUGCUGGACGCUCGUGAUCCGUGCAGCGGGGACGCCCCCCUGCACGUCGCCGCCCGCCGAGGACACGUCGAAAUUGCCGAGUGCCUCCUGCAAAAUGGGGCGGACGUCGAUGCGCUGAACAAGAGCCGGAGCACGGCCUUCUCGCUGGCAGUGGAGGCCUCGCAUCGCACCCUCGCACAGUUGCUGAUCGAGUGGGGCUGUGCUGCGGGAGCCGAGGCAGGGAGAGUCCCUUCUUCACUCGACGGCGGACGCACGAGAGAGCUUCGGAAACAAAUGCUGGAGUAUGAAGAAUUUUGGAGACAAGCUGUGUCAUCAAUUAUGAAUGGAGAUACUGCUGAGCUGAGAGCCAUAGUUGGAGACCACAUCAGUGGCAAGCGACAGCUGACGAGCCUGAGUUGCAGGUGCAUCAAUGGGAGCAGCCUGCUGCACACGGCCGCUCACUUUGGGGACACGGAGGCCAUCCAGGAUCUGCUCGGAUGGGGCGUGGAUGCAAACAUGCUGGAUUACAGGGAUGCCACGCCUCUGCAUCGCGCUCGGCACGGCCCAGCGACACAGCUGCUGCUGGAGCACGGUGGGGCCGUGAACGUGCUGGAUGCGGACGGAAAUUCGGCGUUGCACAUGCGCUGCUACGGGGAGCCGGGGCAGCCCAGCGCGCUGGACGCUGCUCGCCUCCUGCUGGAGAGCGGAGCAUCGCUGCUGCAGCCCAACAACCGUGGCCUGCUCCCCUGGCACUGUGCCGCCAUGCAGGGCCGGUCCGAUAUGCUGGCGCUGCUGCUGGCUGCGUGGCCAGGGGCUCGCGAGAACCUCGUCCGUGAGGGAGCGUCGUCUGCGUCACCCAGCCCGGCCUACCUGGCCACGGCGUGCGGAUUCUUGACUUGCACCCGCUGGCUCUUCUCACAAGGCUUCCCGUUCAAGGAGAGCGAGGCAGACAAGCUGCUCCUGGGCAUCCUGCGCAAGGAGAUUGAGCUAGAUGAUCCGAGAGAGACGGUGGAGUUUCUGUUGAAUAACGGUGCAAGUGUCAACGCUGAGACUCCACAAGGCGACAGUCCACUGCACCUAGCGGCACUGGAGUGCCCGGAGCUGGUGGAGCUGCUGAUCGAGCGCGGGGCCGCCGUGGACGGCGUGGACGCGAGCCGCCAGAGCCCCCUCUUCCAGGCCACGCUCGCCGGCAGCAUGGGGGCCGCCGCCCUCCUGCUGAGCCACGGAGCUGAUGUGAGGAUGCGAGACAGCCAAGGCCUCACUGCAUUUGACUACAUCCACGACCAUGCUGAGUGGAUUGAGAGCCAUCUCUUCACAGACGAGACUGUUACUUGGCUCAAAGCAUAUGAGCUGAAACAAGGCAGAGAUCUCAUCAAAAGCAUAACCAGAAAAUUACAAGUACGAAAGCGAAGUGUUCAGAGCAGUGGUGUCCUUCACAGCCAACUGUCGAAGACCUUUGGAGACUCAGUGUCCUCCUGGAUCAGGUCAAUGCCACCACUGUGCUUCGGGUCUGGUCUCCAGGCCGUGCUGGCCAAGGAAGUUCCACGCAACCUUUCGUUGCGCCCAGAGCAAGCGGCAAAACGCAGCCUCGGCCAUCACAUCGACAGUUCUGCUGUUGCUGUACAGCCAACCGCGAACUUGAUGAUGCACUGCAGCAGAGGGACCACUUCAAAAUUAAAUCCUCAGAGCAAAUUUUCUCAUCUACACCGCCAGAAAGACCUUCAAUCUGAACUGCAAAGCGACGGAAAUGUGGGCCGUGAACCCAGGAGGCACGGCAUCCUCGCAGGCCAGCGUUCUCAUUACCUCUGUGGCAGUGUUGCACCUGCGGGGUCAGGAGGCCGUACAGUCCAGGAGAUUCUGACAACCGCCUUGGCAGAACUAAAUGGGGGUGAUGUUGUCGCAACACCUAGGCCCACGAUUGCCCUGCCUUACACAGAGCUCCCCGGAAUGCUGCCUCGUGAGCCAAUUUGCCAAAGAAAACAAAACCUGCAUUGCUGAAUGCGCAAAUGAGGCCCUUGCAGCCUGGCUUUAUGUUCCACAUUAGCAUUUGAUGCUAUGACAUGAGACUUGUUUACACCACAAGGCUGCCACAUUAAACACACAUUUGUAUUUUACAAUAUAUUACUUAAUAAAUGGUUCAUUAAGUUAACAAGCAAAUGAAUAACACUAGGAUUGCAAUAACAUGAGUAAAUGAAAAACUAUGUAUAUAAGGAAGUAGAUAAAACAAUUAAAAUAGACAGGCCAAGGCAGAACCAAUGGUGGCUGUAUUAAUGAUGCAGGCAUCAGUUCUUAAUAUCUGCAUAUACUUACAUUUUCAAGGAAGUGAAUAUGCAAUAUGUAUCUGUAAUUGAAGAUGACAAUAUAGUUGUGUGUGCUGAUGAUGAACCGGCUGCAUUAAUGUAGGUCCAAUGCUCAUGCCUAUUGAUUGUGCAUGUCUCGUAUACAUCUCUGUACCUUAGAGUGAGCAUUUAAAAAAAAAAUCCACAUUCUUUCGCAUGAAACCUGUGAGAUGAGGUACCAGGGCUGUGUUUGAGAAUUUUAAUGACUGUUUAAAACGUAGGCUUUCGAAUUUUAAAUGUUGUGGGUUUACUCCCCAACACACCGGUGUGCUGAACUGGUAAUGAAUUGGCAUGUUUUGUUUACGUGACAACCCUUACUAAUUGGCUGUGUCGGGUAGUUCCGGGUUUAACGACACCAAAAAAACUCUAUUAUGGAUUAUUUUAAUGACUACAGUCUUAAUAUUUUCAUUGGAGGCCAUCACAAUUAAUGGAUUUUUUUAUUUUAAAAACCUGAGAUAUAAUUGACGUGUGAACGACAUGACAUUUCACCCGAAUAGAUUUGGGUAUUUUAGAAAAUAAAAAAACACGGUAAAGAAAUUCAUCUAUAUGUGGGCCUCAAAAUAACACGUAAAAAUAUAUAUAUUGUUUACACAGUUCACUAUUUACGUUUUGCUUUUAAGUUAACGCAGAUAUUAUUGCUUAGUCUAUUUUGCGUGUCCAAUGGAAUGUAAAAUUAGCUGCGUUGAACGUGUUUAUUUUUGUCAAAGAUUGUUUUCAUCUCAAUCCUAUGAUUCAGUAUAACUGAGGCACAUUAAUAAAACGAUUAUGCAAACAGCAGUGUGCAAUCAUUUUCCUCGGAACAUCUAAAUGCGUAUAUCCAUCACAGGCAGGAGUUAAGAACAUCAAGUAAUAUGGCAGUUUCAAAGGGUCAGAGCACUUUGGCUACAUUCAAAUGUACUCCCCUGGUGUCAGAUGGAGUGGUUUUCUAAAGCGUGAUAUCUCACGCAAGAAGCAGUGCCUUAAACACUACAAAAAACUCAUCUGCAUUCACCGUGAUAUAUGCAUGUAUGUUGAACUUCUUUCGUGUCGCAUGGAGCCUACCGUGCUAAUCGGAUGUGCGUGAUGAGUCUUUCUAAGGCCUCGUCCUUCCUUUCCCAGGCUCUGUGUCUCGAGUUUUUUGCAAAAUGCCUCCGGCUUCCUUUUGCUCAUCAGCACUGCGUGUGGGUGUGCUGCCCACACCGUGUGUGAAUCGAGAUGGGUUUACAGUCGGGUGUGAGAGAUUACAGAAAGCUCUAUUCCGGAGAUAAGGCAGUGCAUUGGACUUCGCCGGUUGCAGUUGUGUUGCUAAGCCCCGGCUUUUGUUAGAUAAUGCGUCUGGCAGCAUCUAAAUUUGGAUGAAAGCUGUCUUUCCAUUAAACUAUGACUACGUGUAGCAAUUUUCAGGAAACUGGUAGAACGGUUACGACUGACAGACGAGAAGUAUAUUUGUACAUCGUUUAAAUCUUUUACAUGUACAGAUAUAUAGGGAGCUGAAUAACCUGUCGCUCUGGCUGCCCACUAAUGGCAGAUCACCUUGAAGGUCAGUUUACAGACCUACAGUGCCUCAAACGAUCAGGGUCCAAGUGAUUUGCAAGACCUUUGUCCCUGCUGCUGCUGCCUCUGCUCCUUUUAACCUGGCUUUGAGUUUUCAUUUCACGUUGGCUAACCCGAUAAUUCUCAUCGGAGUUAAAUUACGAUUUUGUUUUUGUGUACAUUUUGUGAAAUGCGCUUUUUAAAAUAUAUAAAUUAACACAUUGAUUAAUUGAAGAUGCUCAAAUACUCUCUGCCAGGCGUGUCGGUAUUAAAAGAUUCAUAAUCUAGGCAACAUAUGCAAAAGCUACCGCACCCAUGGGUCUUCCAUCUGAAAUGGUUCAAAUGUGUUCGCAUUUAAAAUAUUCAACCUUGGUUUCAAACAUGCUAAAUAAGUGGUAAUUUAUACUUUUCCAAUACUUCCAAGACAGAUUUCUUCUGACAGUCAAUCUUUUUGCAACAUUUGUGUGUUGUAAUUUAAAUAUUGUAUACAGAAAACUUAAGUAAUAACAUAAAAAAACAUUUGAAAAGCUUCAUUUUGUGCAGGGCAUGGAUAAUUUUAGCUAAAAUGUUACAGAAGUAUGAGGUGAUUUUCUCUCUUAACUUUACAGUUAUGCACUGUUGAUUGGCUUCUGUGUGACGUUAAGACAGAGCUGACCGACAAUCAAUCACAUUCCUUUUACUACAGAGCAUGUUUAAAGCAUGAGGCCAAUGUAUAUUGAUGUCCUGUUUAUUGACUCACUUUCAGUGUGUGGCAGUUUUACUCACAAAAUUGCCUGUCAACGCAUAUACUCUAUAUAAAACAAAUUCUGAGAAUCUAAUUACGACAAAUAACAAUGUAACAUUGUGCUAUGAGAGAACAGCUAUUUAAGAUGAUUGUAAGCAA